CAUGAUUCCGUUCUCUAAACGCCGAGAAUCCUUUGUGAGAGGACAUUCGAUGACAAUUGAAGCACCAAUAACAAAGGUGAUCAACAUCAUUAAUGCAGCUCAGGAGAAUUCGCCACUGACAGUGGCCCAGGCCCUGGACAAGGUUCUGGAAAUACUACAGACAAGUGAGCUUUAUUCUCCCUUCCAACAUCAGGAGAUUCGAACUGAUGAUGACCCCAUGGCCACCGACUUCGUGGAGGGGCUUAUGUUUCACAAUGUUAAGAGGAGAAAUUCAGGUCAUGACUUGCACAAGGAUUCACAGAAGGGUACUCACCACAGCCAUGGACAUCAGCACAUUCCAUCCAGUCCAGCGUGCUCACUCUCUCAGAUCGAUGAACCCAUCAUGAACAUUCUCAACUUAGACUCCAGCUGGGACUUCGACAUUAUCGCUCUGGAAUCACUUACCAACAAAAGACCUUUAGUCCAUCUUGGACUGAAAUUAUUUGCUCGUUUUGGAGCUAGUGAAUUCCUGAAUGUGAAUGAAACUUGCUUGGUCAACUGGCUACAGAUGAUUGAGAGUAACUACCAUGCACAAAACAACUACCAUAACUCCACUCAUGCGGCUGACGUCAUGCAUGCAACUGCAUAUUUCCUUGACAGGGACAGGUCAAAGGAGAUUUUUGAUCAGCAAGACCAGGUGGCUAGUCUCAUAGCUGCGGCAGUUCACGAUGUUGACCACCCUGCAAGGACAAAUGCUUUUCUGAUCAAUGAGAAGCAUAAGUUGGCCAUUCUUUACAACGAUCAGGCUGUGUUGGAGAACCACCAUGCUAGUAUGUGCUUCAGGCUGACUCAUGAGGACCAGAGUGUGGAUAUAUUCAAAAACUUGAGCACUGAGGAUUAUAAAGCAGUGCGUCAGUCAAUAAUAGACCAGGUUUUGGCUACAGACAUGAAGCAACACUUUGAACAUUUGUCAAAAUUUACCACUUCAGUGACCAAGCACUUACAGAAGCUGGAAGGGGACAAUACAGACGGAGAGCCUCAUGAACUUGACAUGACUGCAACAAUGGCUGAUUUGUGUUUGCAUGAGAACAAGGUCCUCAUUAAAAGAAUGAUGAUCAAAUGUGCAGAUGUUAGUAAUCCUCUUCGUCCUUUAAGUCUGUGCAAGGAAUGGGCAUACAGAAUAGCAGAGGAAUACUGCCAGCAGACAGACGAAGAGAAGAGCAGAGGACUGCCAGUUGUUAUGGCACAGUUCGAUAGAAAAACACUGAACAUCCCUAAAUGCCAGUUGGCAUUCAUUAACUUGUUCAUUACCAGUAUGUUUGAUGCUUGGGAUGUGUACUGUCAUAUUCCUGAACUAAUGAAGCAUCUACAACUAAAUUACAACUACUGGAAAGCACAGGAAGAGCUGAAAGACAAGGAAAAAGUUCCUGUACAAGGAGUGGACAAUAGUUAG